AUGGAGCGUGGUUCAUCUAUUCUAUCUGAGCCUGUCGAAGGAGCUGACUCACAUGCGGCAUCUAUUACAUACCCAUCCUCGGAUUCGGAAACACAAGAAGACGACAUGCAAGCCUUCCCUUCAUCUUCCAAC